AUGUCGUUUGGGAGCGAGUUUCUUGUAGGUGUCUCCAUUGGUGAGCUGCUGGUUCUGGGCCCCCGAUGGCAUGAGAAAACCCCACGUGCCGUCAUCGGCUAUCGCCGUCCUACCUCAGGUGCCACUGAGGAGGUUUACGAAAGAUUCAGAGGCAAAAGUGAUGAUGAGGACAGCAUCUGCAAACUGGGCCAAGCCUCAGGGAAGGGUGCUGAGGAUGGGAAGGAUCACAAACGGCCCAAGAGACCCCGGACAAUCCUGACCACACAGCAGCGGAGGGCAUUCAAGGCAUCGUUUGAGGUCUCAUCCAAGCCCUGCAGGAAGGUGCGGGAGACACUGGCAGCCGAGACGGGGCUGAGCGUCCGAGUGGUGCAGGUCUGGUUCCAGAACCAGCGAGCAAAGAUGAAGAAGCUCGCCAGGAGGCAGCAGCAGCAGCAGCAGGAUCAGCAAAACACCCAGCGCCUGAGCUCAGACGUCAGUGCAGGGCUGGAGGGGAUGCUGAACCCCUACACUGCUCUGCCCCCGCCCCAGCAGCUCCUGGGGAUGGAACAAAGUGUCUAUGGCUCCGACCCCUUCCGGCAAGGCCUCACCCCACCGCAGAUGCCUGGAGACCACAUGCACCCCUACGGUGCCGAGCCCCUCUUCCACGACUUGGAUAGUGAUGAUACCUCACUGAGCAACCUGGGCGACUGCUUCCUCGGCACAGCAGACUCGGGGCCGCUCCAGGCACGAGUGGGGAACCCCAUUCCC